GCACUGUGCACAGCGCAAACAUGGAGACGUUCAAAGACUCGAAAGGGAGGGACGUGACAAAGCCAAGCAUCGUGCGGGACUACAACCACACAAUGGGCGGUGUCGACAAGUCAGACCAGAUGCUGGCGAACUACCCUGUCCCCAGAAAACGGCAGAAAAUAUAUUACAAGAAGAUUUUUCGCCACUUGCUUGAUGAGUUGACAUUUAACUCCUUUGUUUUGUAUCAAAAGGAAGGAGGGAAGAUGAACCACCUCGACUUCCGCCUCGCCCUUAUUGAAGCAAUCUUCAAUAGGUACCUCGACCCCGCGCGAAAGAUAAAGCGUGGCCGGCCUUCUGGCGUACUUGAUCCCAUACGACUUCAAGAGAGGCACUUUCCAGCUUACAUCCCUCCAACCGAAAACAAGGCAACUCCAACCAGGAAAUGCUUCAUUUGCUGCAAAAAGCAAGGAGACAAAGGCCGGAAAAUUAGGAAGGAAACACGAUUUUGGUGCAAGAGCUGCAACAAACCGCUAUGCGUGAUCCCUUGUUUUGAGAUUUACCACACCGUCCCAAUGCUUCCUCGGUGAAGCAAUCAACUUUUUGUCACCACAACUCAGUGAAAGAGUUCAGAAAUCGGUGGCUGUGGUCAUUCUUUAAUUUUUAUUGUUCAUUACCAGCAGAAAGUUCCUUUUCUUUUUUCUGAGAAACAAUAAACUUGAAUAUGCUACUUUGA